AAGGAUGGGGACAUUAUGUUGGGGGGAAUCUUCUCUUUCCACAGCAGCUGGAAAGGCAGACAGGAUUCCUACAGGCACAAACCACUGCCACUCGAAUGUACCAGUCUGAAUUUCAGAGGGUUCCAGUUUGCCCAGGCUAUGCUUUUUGCCAUUGGGGAAAUUAAUAACAGCACAGAACUACUGCCUGGCAUCUCUCUGGGCUAUAAAAUGUAUGAUGCUUGCGGCUCGAUUGCCAGAAGUGUGAGGGUUGCACUAGCUUUGGCUAAUGGUAAUGAAAUUGUACCUGCACCCUCUGAUGCACCAUGUACCAGACCUGCCCAAGUGCAGGCCAUAAUGGGAGAAACCUCUUCCUCUCCUUGCAUGGCUAUAGCUACUGUUAUUGGGCCAUUUCAUAUCCCAAUGAUCAGCCACUUUGCCACUUGUGCUUGUCUCAGUGACAAAACCAAGUACCCAUCCUUCCUCAGAACUAUACCCAGUGACUACUACCAGAGCAGAGCCUUGGCCCAGUUGGUCAAGCACUUUGGUUGGACUUGGGUUGGAGCUAUUAGAACUAAUGAUGAUUAUGGUAAUAAUGGCAUGGCUACAUUCACAGAAACUGCACAGCAGCUGAGCAUCUGUCUGGAGUACUCUGAAGCUUUCUUUAGAACAGAUCCACCAGACAAAAUCCAAAAGAUAAUUGACACCAUCAAGUCUUCCACCUCCAGGGUGAUUGUUGCUUUUCUCUCUCACAUGGAUAUGGAUGUGCUAAUACAUGAGUUGUCCCACCACAACCUGACUGGGUACCAGUGGGUGGGAAGUGAGGGCUGGAUCCUUGAUUCCCAAAUUGCAAAAAUAGACAGGCAUCACAUUCUGGAUGGUUCCAUAGGCCUGUCCAUCCCCAAAGCUCAUGUCAGCGGUAUGAGAGAGUUCAUACUAAAUGUGAAGCCACUCAAUUCAUCUAGUAAUGAAAUGUUUACAAAGUUCUGGGAGGAAUUAUUUAACUGUAAGUUCAAACAGUCAUCAGCAGAGAAUCAGAGAGAAUGUACUGGAAAUGAAGAUUUGACUGGAGUACAUAACGGCUUCACUGAUAUGUCACUCAUGCCUAUUUUUAACAAUGUCUACAAAGGAGUGUAUGCUGUGGCCCACGCACUUCAUAGUAUUCUAGGCUGUAAUGAAACAUGUAACAACAAGGUGCAGCUAGAUCCUUUUACAUAAUACCUAUAUUCUCAGAUUUUACAACACAUAAAAAGGAUUCAGUUCAAAACAAAGGAUGGAGAUGAGGUUUACUUCAAUGAGGAUGGAGACCCAGCAGCAAAGUAUGAAAUUAUAAACUGGCAGCCAACACAAAAUGACAUUGUGGACUUUGUCACAGUUGGUCUUCAUGAUGCAUCUCUACCAGCUGACAAACAGCUGAAUCUGCACAAUAAGUCUUUAAUUUGGGCAAAGAAUUCAAAACAGGUGCCUGUGUCAGUUUGCAGUGAGAAAUGUGCUCCAGGAACUCGCAAGGUUCUCCAGAAAGGAAAGCCUGUCUGCUGCUAUGACUGUAUAAGAUGUGCAGAGGGAGAAAUAAGCAACAUGACAGAUUCUAUCACCUGUGAUCGAUGCCACCCAGAGUUCUGGUCAAAUGAGAGGAGAGAUGCCUGCGUUAAGAAAGAGGCAGAGUUUCUAUCAUAUGAAGAAAUAAUGGGAGCUCUUCUCACUGCAGCGUCCCUGUUUGGAACAUGCAUGACUGCUGUUGUGGCAUUGAUUUUUUUCAGAUACAGGAAAACUCCUAUUGUCAGGGCCAAUAACUCUGAGCUGAGCUUCCUGCUUCUCUUCUCCUUGACUCUGUGUUUCCUGUGCUCUCUGACCUUCAUCGGCCGGCCCUCUGAGUGGUCCUGCAUGCUGCGACACACAGCAUUCGGCAUCACCUUUGUCCUCUGUAUCUCUUGUGUUCUGGGGAAAACUAUAGUGGUGUUAAUGGCCUUUAAGGCGACACUUCCAGGCAGUAAUGUGAUGAAAUGGUUUGGGCCAACACAGCAGAGACUCAGUGUUCUGGCUUUCACUCUCAUACAGGUUGUUAUAUGUAUCAUGUGGUUAACAAUUUCUCCUCCCUUUCCUUUGAAGAAUUUUAAGGAAUUCAAGGAUAAAAUCAUCUUGGAGUGUGAUCUUGGCUCAGCUGUAGGAUUCUGGGCUGUGUUAGGAUACAUAGGAAUCCUGGCCAUGUUAUGUUUUUUCCUUGCUUUUCUGGCUCGGAAACUGCCUGAUAAUUUUAAUGAAGCCAAAUUUAUCACCUUCAGCAUGCUGAUAUUCUGUGCAGUCUGGAUUACUUUUAUUCCAGCAUAUGUCAGCUCUCCAGGGAAGUUCAGUGUUGCUGUAGAAAUAUUUGCUAUUCUGGCCUCCAGUUUUGGAUUGCUCAUUUGUAUUUUUAUUCCAAAAUGUUAUAUUAUCUUACUGAAACCAGAGAAGAAUACAAAAAAGAAUAUGAUGGGGAAGGUGGAACCAAAAUCUUUCUGA